GACAUCUCAGGGGAGAAGCUUCUUUUUCUCUGGCCUGGGAGAAAGAAAGGAAAGGAGAAAGAAAAGGGAGAGACGGCGCGGUGGACACGUCCAGUCUUGGCUCGGCUUUAAGCGUCCUGGAUCUGUUGCUGUCGGGAUUCUUCAGUUUUUUUUGGGACCGGGACGACAGUGGACCGCCAAGGACGGGACUCCAGAACUGGCAUUUUUAAGGCUGUGUGAGGCUGGCACUCACCGGGCCUGGCCAGAUUCGGCGAAUAUUGACCUCUCACCCCCUGCUUUGAUGAGGUAACCCCAGGCAACAGAUAACCAACCCCGCCCGACAUCCCGCUGAGGAACCAUGGGCCAAAAGAUCUCCGGGAGCAUCAAGUCAGUGGAUGUACGAGGCGAGCCCUCCUACCGGCCUCUUCGGAGGGAGCUCAGGGGCCCGGAUUUCUUUAAACCGGCCCGACUGGACCUGCUGCUGGACAUGCCGCCGGCGUCGGCCGAGCUCCAGCUCCAGCACGCGUGGAACACCGACGACCGCUCGCUCAACAUCUUCAUCAAGGACGACGACAAGCUGACCUUCCACAGGCACCCGGUGGCUCAGAGCACGGACUGCAUCCGGGGCCGCGUCGGCUACACGAGAGGGCUCCACGUCUGGCGCAUACACUGGCCCACCCGGCAGCGCGGGACUCACGCCGUGGUGGGCGUGGCCACGUCCGAGGCGCCUCUGCAUUCGGUGGGAUAUACCUCUCUGGUGGGCAGCGACAACGAGUCCUGGGGCUGGGACCUGGGACGCAACAAGCUUUACCACAACAGCAAAAACAGGCCGGUGGCGGCGGCGGCCACGUACCCGAGCUUCCUGGAGCCCGAGGAGGCGUUCGUGCUCCCGGACACCCUGGUGGUGGUGCUGGAUAUGGACGAGGGGACACUCAGUUUCAUGGUGGACGGACAGUACCUCGGAGUGGCCUUCAGAGGACUUAAGGGGAAAAAGCUGUACCCCAUCGUUAGUGCUGUUUGGGGACACUGUGAGAUCACCAUGCGCUACAUCAACGGCUUGGAUCCUGAACCCCUCCCUCUGAUGGACCUGUGCAGGAGAGCGGCGCGGUUGGCGCUGGGACGGGAGCGGCUGCAGCAGAUCGAGGCGCUGCCUUUACCACAGUCUCUAAAGGAUUACCUCCAGUACCAGUGACGAGGGCCGAUCCACACCAUGCGUAUGAACCCGGAGCCGAGGCCUCCAAGUGCAGCUACUGUACCGCCGAUACCGACGCCCACGACGACGACGCCAGGCCACGAGGAGCGAAUGUUUACACUGGGGCGACACGUGGCUAACGGACCGGGACCGGGACUGGGACUCGAACCUGAACUGAACUGGUUUCUGUUCGUCUGAUUUGUUUCUUUUGAGUUUAAAUUAUUGAUGAUGGACCGGACUGCCUGCAGCACCACCUGCUGGAUGGCGGAGUCUUUCCCUCGAUCUCUCUGUACCGUCAGGAACCGGGUAGCCGUUUUCCACCGACUGUGCUGUAGCUUGUUUCUAGUAUCAGCUAACCAAAGCGCUAAAACACAUGCUACCAUGCUAAACAGUAUUUCAAAUUAGCACAUUUCACUACAUCUAGUAGCAUGUUGUUUGUAUUAUUACAUAGAUACAGGAUAUAGAGGUCAGGUUAAGAGAUACACUGUAUUGCCAAAAGUAUUCGCUCGUCUGCCUUCACACACGUGAACUUGAGUGACUCCCAUUCUUAAUCCAUAGGGUUUAACAUGAUGUCGCCACCCUUUGCAGCUAUAACAGCUUCAACUCUUCUGUGUUUAUGGGAAUUUUUGACCGUUCUUCCAGAAGCGCAUUUGUGAGGUCAGACACUGAUGGCUCACAGUCUCCGCUCUAAUUCAUCCCAAAGGUGUUCUACCGGGUUGCAGGCCAGUCAAACUCGCUCAUUUACGUCUUUAUGGACCUCGUGCUUUGUGCACUGGUGAGCAGUCAUGUUGGUACAGGAAGGGGCCAUCCCCAAACUGUUCCCACAAAUUUGGGAGCAUGAAAUUGUCCAGAAUCUCUUGGUAUGCUGAAGCAUUAAGAGUUCCUCUCAAUGGAACUAAGAGUAUAUUUUGUAUAUAUAUGUAUUUUACUCCUGAAAUACACCCCCACACCAUAAUCCCCCUCCACCACACUUUACACUCGGCACAAUGCAGUCAGACAGGUACCGUUCUCCUGGCAACCGCCAAACCCAGACUCGUCCAUCAGAUCUCCAGACGGAGAAGCGUGAUUCGUCACUCCAGAGAACACGUCUCCACUGCUCUAGAGUCCAGUGGCGGUGUGCUUUACACCACCGCAUCCGGUGAUAUAUGGCUCGGGUGCAGCUGCUCGGCCAUGGAAACCCAUUCCAUGAAGCUCUACACACUGUUCUUGAGCUAAUCUGAAGGCCACAUGAAGUUUGGAGGUCUGUAGUGAUUCACCUCUGUGCACUAUGCGCCUCAGCAUCCGCUCACUGCAUCCGAUGAUUGGAACACCUGAAUUCAAUGAUUUGGAUGGGUGUGUGAAUACUUCUGGCAAUAUAGUGUAGCUAGCAUUUUGUUAGCUUUAGCAUUGGCAAUGCAGAUCUUUGCAACGGCCAGUAAUUCUAAAACUGUGGCUGCUUUGUUAGCAUAAGCAGCAGCUCCUGAUUACUCAGACUUUGACAGUCUGUAUAUGGAUAGAGUAUGUAGCUAAGGUUCUGUUAGCAUCAGGAUAGCAGUGUUACAAUCAAAUAUCAUAAAGAAAUAAAGUCUUCGAAAUUAGCAAAAAUAAUAUUUUGUUAGCAUUAGCAUUAGCACUGCAGCAUUAGGAUAGCAUUGUUACAAUCAAACAUCAUAAAAUGACUUCACUACUAAUGGUGUCAUAUCAAAUCUGACCUUCUCUUAGCAUUAGCAUGACUUUUGUAGUACAGAUUAAGUGUAAGACAUUUUGCAUUAGCAUUAGCAUUAGCAUUGUGAAGGCUGCACCCUGAGGCACACGCUUCCGUGCUAACUAGUAUGUAAAAUGAGCGCACGUCACUAAUCGUGGUAUUGUUUUUCAUACUAUGUAGCGUGCAUGUGAUGCACAGCCAAACCUGCAUUAGCAUUAGCACCGUAGCUCCUGAUUAGAUUGUUGCGUUUGCGCUCACGGCGGCUCACAGUUCCAGACCUGUAGCAUUUCUCGUGCUGGAACCGUGCCGAUCCUGCUGGUGGAAACGUGCGGAGUGGUCCCGGAUUAGGUACCAGCGCUGCGUCGGUGGAAAACGUCUGCCAACUUCAAACAAUUCUGGGACGCCAGGGCAUCCAGGGAUGCUAACGGGAGCUCGGCAGCACGGUUUGACAUUCCAGGAGGAAGCCAGACUCAGGAGACUCAGGAGACUCGCAGGUCUGCAGGUCGCACACAUGCAAAAAAAGGCGAUCGCGACACGAAUGAGGAUCCUGAUGCAUAAUAAAUCAACAGUCCACUGAGCGCUGUAAGAAUCAGAAUUGUUUUUUAAUUCCCGCGUGUUUGUUUGUUUAUUUGAAUGUUAGUGUGAAUUUUUAUUUGAUGGUUUUAAUGAUGAGUUUUAUUUAUCUGGGGCGACUUCGUUUUUAUUGUAUAUGGCGUGCUGACUGGCACAUGGGCACCGACCACCUCGAUAAAUCAUCCAGAAUGGCUUUUUAUUUGAAACCAGAAUGCUGCUUUAAUUAUUAUUAUUGUUAUUAUUAUUAUUAUUAUUGAUGAGAUGUGAGGUGGUGAAGUAAAAAGAAUGUCUGAAAUGUGAAUAAAAACCAAAUGGAUGAUCACAAA